AUGGAAGAAAUAGUUCAGCAACAACAGCUAGAAGAGCCUGAAGGAAACGAACAAGUCCCUCCUUUGGAAACUAACUUCACAGAACUAGAUGAAGAUUUGGAACAGCCGAAAAAUCUUGACCCUCAACAAGAGUAUGCGGAGAAUAUGGAAUAUUUCCAAGAGUCUAAAAAAAAAUUCGGCUGA